AUGGCAAUGACAGAAGAACAGCAGAAAGACCCACAGACGACGGUCUCUAUAGAAGAAGGGAAUGUGCUGGAUAUAGCUGAUCAAGUUUUGUCGAAAUUGACGCAAAAACCACGGAGAAAUAGUAACAAAAAGACUGAAAAAGCGGAUCAACAAGAGUCGCUUACGGCGAUAAACAAGGAGAUUGAAGCAGCGGGUGGAGCUGAAGAGAUGAAUAAUGCUGAAAUACAUGGACGUGAUAAAGAGCGAGGGAAUGAGGGCUUUGUGGUGUUUGUGGGAAGAAGUUCGAUACCAGGAGAGUAUGAGAAAGAAAGUGGUGAGGAGAAGAAUGUGAAUCUACUCGUAGUGGAGAAGACGUCAGUGUCUAUGGAGCAGAAACAAUUUGAGAUUAAAGGAGAUGAGGAUGUAGAGAUAUCUACUGUGGCUGGAGAGAAGAUUAACGCGACGACGAUUGGUCAAGAUGUUGUUGACCAGGUAGAGGGAUGUAAUGACGAGAAUAUGGUGGUAGAUACUAGAAAAAGUAUCGAAAAUGACGAUAUUGAUCAAGUCAUGUCGUUACCAGUUGAAAAUGUACAGUCUGGAAAUGAUAUAAAUGUGGCGAAGGUAAAGGAUGCUGGUGAAAUAGUAACAAUGACAGCGUCAUCAAUGCCACAGGAGAAAAAUGUUGAAGAGAAGACAAUGUUGAAUGAUGAUAAUAUUAGCGAGGGUGUUGAGAUGGCUGCUAGAGACGCGUUUGUGUUGACUGCUGUUGUUAAGGACCGUAAGUCUAUACAAGAGAAAAGGAAAAUCAGCAAAGAGUCUCGAUUGAGCGAUGCUGAUGUGAAAAAAGCUGUUGGCAUAGUUGUCACCACACUUGUGGACAAUGUGGUUGAUUCUAUGGCUGACAUCAUUACAUUGGAUACAGAGCCUACGAAAGUACGUAGCAGCUCAAUUUGCUUGCCGCAUCUUAGUGCUGACGAGGCCAUAGAGCUGCUUGAGGCACAUCAAGACGAUGACCAUGAUUUGCUUCCUGGGCAGGAUGCAAUCGUUGACGACGAUGUUGAAACAAAGUCGAAAAAAUGUGAAUACCAGUGGUUUGACGGAGAUGAUGAAGAUGAUGAGGACAUCGCAAUUGAAGCCUCAUCCGUACUUGACGUUGCCCCUUUGACCACCGACGAUGUCUUCGAGUUCAGUGGCGUCGUUGAGCUAGAUAAUGUCACGCAAACUUUGGAGGAGAAUGCGGACAUAAAGAGUGAUAAGAGCACUGACAGACAAGUAGUGCCUCGCAAUAGGAAAAACAGCUCUAGCUCUGCAUCGUCAGGGUCAUCAUCGUCGUCGUCAUCAUCUUCUUCUUGUAGCAGUGCGAGCUGUUCUGAAGAUGAAAGUAUAGGUUUGGGUUUGAAGAAGCGCCGUAAUACAAGGAAAAACAAUGGCCCUCGCAAGCUGUUGAAGCAAAAGAAACAGAAGUGCGUACGCUCAUUGGAGACUGACAAUUUAUCUGGUAGGCGAUUGAAACGCAAGCGCAAAAUACCAAAGCCAGUCAUACCACCCGAGUAUGCAGUGUUUAAUGUGGAAGCAGCUGAUCCGGUUCUCAAAGGUUCAUAUUCUGUGCGCAAAAAUCGUCGUGCAUGUUUUCAGGGAAAAUGGGGUUUUAGCGAUGAUGCCUUUCACGAUACUAAGAACAUUAGCCCGUUCGAGUAUACAUCACAUGCGCGGGUGCUUCAGUCGCGACGCAAAGAUGACAAGCAUCCUAUAUCUGGCAAGUAUGGAGGGUUCUUUAAAAUACGUCAACAUAACGGAACCCUGAUCAAAAUUCGAGAAGAUCAAGUGGAACUGCAGUUUCUCCCUAUGCCGUCUUCCGAUGAAGAAGAUGAAGACGAAGAUGAGGUUAUGGAGGGCUAUGAAAGUGAUGAGGUGGAUGGCUAUGAAGCUGUAGCUCGUCGCUACACUGUGCUUGGUAAGGGUAAGAACCGUUUUGGUCGAUUCUUGAUUCGAGGGUACCUCAGUCCCGAAAGCGGUCGACUGACAGUGAAGCGCCGUUAUUUGGAUUGA